AUGGAAGGAACAUCGGAUUCGAAAGCUGCUCCUGAGGCUCCCAACAUAAUCCUACCAGAUAUGCCAGAGCCACAAGCUCAGAACCUUGCCUCGAAGGCCCCCAUACAGAAUCAUGAUCCUGAAGCUGUCCAUGCAGUGGACGCAGAAGCUCUCAUCAUCGAUUGGGACGGGCAAUGCGACCCUGAGCACCCCUUGAAUUGGUCAGAUGAAAAGAAGGGGCUGAACAUCGCCAUACUGUCUCUUCUCAGCGUAGUUACACCUCUGGGCUCCUCAAUGUUCGCGCCUGGCAUUCCCCUUAUCGUGGAAGAAUUUCACGAUGACAGCUCCGUUACUGCAACCUUUCUGCUCUCGAUCUACGUCCUCGGAUUCGCCCUUGGACCUCUGUUUGUAGCCCCGAUCAGCGAACUAUACGGCCGCAGAUACCUCUACAUCUUUGGGAAUAUCCUCUUCACAGGAUUCACAAUCGGGACAGCGCUGAGCAGUAGCAUCGGAAUGUUGCUUGUUUUUCGCCUCUUGAUGGGUCUAUCUGGCGUUGUUCCCCUCACUAUUGGGAGCGGAAGCAUCGCAGAUAUGAUGCCGCCCGAGAAGCGAGGUAGAGCCGUUUCAAUCUGGGCGCUGGGUCCCUUGUUGGGCCCAUGUGUUGGGCCGGUCGCCGGCGGUUAUCUCAUUCGCGCCGCUGGAUGGAGGUGGGUGUUUUGGCUUAUCAGUAUUCUAGCAGGACUAUUCAUACCAGUCUCAAUUCUUGUAUUACGGGAAACGUACCCCCCUGCUAUUCUAGAGCACAAAGCCAGCCGUCUUCGGAAGAAGACUGGAAACCAAGAGAUACGAAGCAGACUCGAACAACAGACCCGUAUGUCAGAGAAACUCCGUCUUGCCGCCAUGCGCCCGAUCAAGCUCUUGGUAGCCACUCCUGUGGUCACUCUCAACGCCCUCUACAUCGCUAUUUCUUACGGCAUCCUGUACCUCCUGGUAGCAACUUUCACUUUUGUCUACACAGAAUACUAUGGAUUUGACGAGGGUUCGAGCGGUCUCUCUUUCCUUCCCGCCGGCAUUGGCAUGGUCGUUGGCGUGAUCGGUUUUGGGCAGUUGACCGACUUGAUUGUGAAGCGGACGAAAGCCAGAGGCUUAGAGCACAAGCCCGAAGACCGAUUGAAACCAAUCAUGACUGUUCCUUGUGCGUUGGCUUUACCAUUCGGCUUGUUUCUCUACGGCUGGACGGUACAGAAUGGGGUCCACUGGAUUGUUCCGAUGUUGGGCGUCAUGGUUAUGUGUAUUGGAUUGAUGGGUAUAAUGACAUGUAUUCAAAACUAUCUCAUUGAUGCCUAUCCGCAAUAUGCCGCCUCAGUGACAGCGGCACUGACAAUUUUGAGGUCGCUCCUUGGUGCUCUAUUGCCCUUGUCUGGACUGGAAAUGUAUGACGCUUUGGGCCUGGGUUGGGGGAAUAGCUUGUUGGGGUUCAUUGCAUUGAGUCUUGUUCCAAUCCUGGUAUCAUUCUACGUCUUCGGGGAGCGCAUACGGGGCAGAUUCAACUCCAAGUUGUAA